AUGGAAUUGGUCAUCGCUUAUGUUGUGUCCAAAGUUACGAUUAUCCAUUUCCGCCGGAUUAAAAGUCGUUUUAGCGCUAGAAUGGACUUGUUUGGCCAAGUCAAGCAGGGCUUUGCCAAGGCAAUGCAGAUCGCGACCGAGAAUCAGAUUUUUCAUGAAUUUCCGGAAUGCUCGAUUCUUGGAUCCAUAAACCGGGUGUCAAUUAAGUUGGCGGAUCCACAUGUGUAAGUCGCCUCUGAACUUGGUAAUGUUUUUUCGAGGCCAAUAUUGAUUUGAUGCGCUUAUAAGAGUAUAUAUAAUUUUUUAUAUCAAUUUGAGGAGAUCGUAAUAACACCAUAUGUUACGUAAAGCUUUACGUAAUAUGUGGUGUUGCCCAAAAAGACAACGGACUCUCUAAUUCUCUGUCCAUGCGGUUCAUCCAGAUUUGAAUUGGAUAAGGAGUUUGAAAAGUAUUACAAAUGUAUAAUUUUUGAAAAGAAUCUAGCCUGCAAUUAUACAUACAAGACAAGUUAAAAGAAUUUCACGGCUCGUUGCUUAAAAACUUGACUUUUUAUUUUAGUAAUGCCAUGCUAGCCAAUUGGGGUCCUCAGACUAAAUUCGAACAUAUCAACUUCCUCAUCAGAGACGAAGACAACAAAAAACAAACUUUGAUGACGGCAGAGCUGGUCAGCGGCAAUGGAAUUAUCGUUAAAAAUGCCGGAGGCAAACAAGUUAUGGUAGUUCGAUUACCAACACACGAUCCCACAAGCUUCGGUAAACUAAUGCAUCCAGCACCGGCCACUCUAUUCAAAGUAAUAACUUUUUUCUGUAACCUUUUUUAUCAUUAACCUUUAGGUGACCCCUCGAAUGACUCCAGUUGGCAGAUCUUAUGUUGUCCACAAAGCAAAUCCCGCAAAAGAAGAGUAUAUUUACGCAGAAAAGGUGAGUAUUCAAGGUUGUAAUAAUAAUAACGGUUUAAAGUGUAUUUAGGAGCCAGUUUCGUUGUAUCAGAUUGGGAAGAUCACCGGGGUUUUGGGAUCAAAUUGCGUUUAUUGGCUGAAGAAGUCGAAUGACGGCGGAGUCUUGGGUUACGUUCGGCCGAAGCUCGUUUUGAAAGGGAACACGUUGGUUCUCAAGUUCAUGUAUGUGAUAUGACAACCUCGCUGAACAAUGUGACACAUCGUUAGAUUGGCGUAACACAAUUUUGAUUACAUUACUUUAGGUCAAAUAAUCGAGAUCCUCAAGUCAGAGCGACCAUGUUGGGAGUAGCAUUGUUGUUGAUGAUCAGCGAAGUGUAUCCCCAAUUGAGAGCCAUGCUUUCCGAAUCUCUGAAACGUCUAGAUCCAUUGAAUUAA